UGUAUGCAGUGUGGAAAUAAAACCCCUUUACGGCCACAUUUGCAAACUGGACGGCAGCAAGGAGGAAGGAGAAAUGGAGUUUCCAUUGGUCUCGGUGAGUCGCGCAUUUGGUCUCCGUCUCUGGUAAUGCCAGUGGUGUGGGGAUCUCCGUGCAGCUCAGGAAAACAGGGCGUCGGAGGAUGGUGGUAAUGAUAGGAUCAUCAUGGCAAACGGAACUGGUACUCUUAUGUUGAAAUGCGUUGUGGUUGGAGACGGUGCUGUGGGCAAAACGUGUCUGUUGAUGAGCUAUGCCAACGACGCCUUUCCAGAGGAGUAUGUUCCCACUGUGUUUGACCAUUAUGCAGUGAGUGUCAACGUUGGCGGAAAGCAGUACUUAUUGGGACUGUAUGACACAGCUGGUCAGGAGGACUAUGACCGCUUGAGGCCUUUGUCGUACCCCAUGACCGAUGUCUUCCUCAUCUGCUUUUCUGUGGUCAACCCUGCUAGUUUCCAGAAUGUGAGGGAGGAGUGGGUCACCGAGCUGCAGGAGUAUGCCCCAAGUGUCCCCUACCUCCUCAUAGGCACUCAGAUUGACCUGCGUGAUGACCCCAAGACCAUUGCCAAACUGAAUGACAUGAAGGAAAAACCCAUCACCACAGAGCAGGGCCAGAAGCUAGCCAAGGAGAUUGGUGCGUGUGUCUACGUGGAAUGCUCGGCUCUCACCCAGAAAGGACUGAAAACUGUGUUUGAUGAGGCCAUUAUCGCUAUCCUGAACCCCAAGAGGAGAAAGGGAGUCUUGAAGAGAAGACUGGGGCCACGCUAUAUCAACUGCUGCCUCAUCACGUGAGAGGUGCAAACAUCCAAAAACACCUGGGUCAUAUUUAUUAGGGCAUGCAAUGGAAAAUGUUUUAAAACAUGUGAAAACGGAAAACAAAAACAAGCAUUUCUUAUUGGACAAUAUCAGGAAGCCCCACCCUGUUUCAGACUGUUUUCUUCCAUUUGGUGCCUAAUGAAUACAAACCAGAACGAAUGACAGAGACCGCGGAGAGGACAUAAAAGGGGGGAGAGAGACUGAAGGACCAAAACGGACAAGGACCCUAUUUUUAGUUCGGGGCUCUUGAGAGAUUUUGUCUUUCCUGCUGUCGACCAAUGGAGUUAGGGGGCAGCUUUACUACCAAAGGAGCACAAUACCCAAGUCAACAACGCCCUUCAGUAAGACUUUAUUUGCCUUUAUAAGUACUUUUYUUUCUUAACUUUAACAAAACAUAUUUUUCCUGUACAAAAAUGCUUACAGCAUGUAAGCUGUCAGAAAACACAUGGGUUUCACGUGUCCAUUUAACUCCUGAUAUGACAUGUAUUUUUAGUAAUGAAUGGGUUGAUUGCAUUUAUUGAAGGYGCUUUCCAUCAAGCCUCCAAGCGCUUUACAUUUUGUGUUUGAGUAACUCACCUCAGCCACAACCAAUGAAAUACUUUGUUUAAAAGAACAGGCUAUUCCCCUCAACUAUGAGGAGUUGUCUUUUUUUCUACUAAUCCCAUAUUUUAUAACAUUAUCCGCUCUUCUUGCUCAGUUUGCGGUGCCUGCAGUAUUAUUACUAAACUUGGACUUGAAUUAAUCAGUAACCCAAUGGUGGCCAAAUAAUUGAAUGCGCACACAGCUGCGUGGGAUACAGGGAUGUGGGGAGAGAGGCACACAUGAAGCACAGUCCACAUACCUAUCCUUGUCCAAUAAAGCACAGUUAAAAGUCGACCCGCGAACCCCUACCCUUAGCAUUAUCGUGCUGACCUGAACAUACUGUGUACCAAUGGCGGAUGCAGAACCAGUCCAUCCCAAUUCAGCUCAGUUCGGCUUGGCUCAGUAGUGUGAAAAGGGUACCUCUCAAUUCUGUCAUUGAAGCACAGAACAUACCAUGGUUACAACAUCCACCCCCAAUGGCCAAGGAGGUGCACGCAUGAGCACAAUAAGCCUCCUCCAACCAUAUUCCAACUCCCGAUUUCUCCAUAUUCCAACCCCCGAUUUCUCCAUAUUCCAAACCCCGUCUUCAGACACGUAUGCCUUCCCCAGCCGGAAGAGAGCUCUUCUUUUUUUAUUUUGUUGCAUUUUUCUAUCCAUUGGGAAGGUGCUUGCUGACUGCCUGAUCUUACAGUUGUUGUUUUUUUAGGUCAGAGUUGGACUUGUUGAUUUUUAAAAGCUUUAAUGUAUAUGGUGCUCCUCUCUUUCUCGUUCUCUGUCCCAGCCCGCUGUGCUGUGUACUGUUUUUCCUAGAAGAGCAGAAUGGAUUAUCGAGUGUUAACAUUCUCUAUUUACCAGGAAGUUGUUGCACAUGCUGCUACUGAGGUAAAUUGAAUGGAUCUUUAGCGGUGCAGAAACAAGUGCAGCUUCCGGUUAAUCCUUUUCUCUACUCAAUAAAUGUGUUUUACUAUCUAAA